AACCAUGCAGGUGGAUGCUGUUCUUGUGCUCUUCUGUGUUUGGCUCGCGGGUGCCGCUGGGAAGAUGGCCCAGUCGAGGGGUCACAAGCUGGAGACCAACAAACAGAGCAGGUCGCGAAGAGAGACCAGCAUGGAUGGGGGUGGAGGUCCCAAAACCGGAAGCCCAAUUUACAAACGCAGUCCCGACAUGACAAAAACUCUGAUGACAAAAUCUGAGCAACUCCUGAGAAUAGACGACCACGAUUUCACCAUGAGGCCGGCAUUUGGAGGUCCUCCAAUUCCUGUUGGAGUGGAUGUUCAGGUUGAAAGUCUGGACACCAUCUCCGAGGUGGAUAUGGACUUUACCAUGACUCUGUACCUGCGUCACUACUGGAAGGACGAGCGGCUGUCGUUCCCGAGCACCAACAACCAGAGCAUGACCUUCGACAGUCGCCUGGUGAGGAAGAUUUGGGUUCCUGACAUGUUCUUCGUCCACUCCAAGCGCUCGUUUAUCCACGACACCACAACCGAUAACGUCAUGCUGAGGGUUUACCCCGAUGGCAACGUCCUCUACAGUCUCAGAGUCACUGUCACUGCCAUGUGCAACAUGGACCUCAGCCGCUUCCCUCUGGACACCCAAACCUGCUCGCUGGAGAUCGAGAGCUAUGCGUACACAGAUGACGACCUGAUGUUGUACUGGAAGAAAGGCAACGAAUCCCUGAACACGGACGAGAGAAUAUCUCUGUCCCAGUUCCUCAUCCAGAAAUUUCACACCACCACCAAGCUGGCUUUCUACAGCAGCACAGGCUGGUACAAUCGUUUGUAUAUCCACUUCACCCUGCGGCGCCACAUCUUCUUCUUCCUGCUGCAGACCUACUUCCCUGCUACUCUGAUGGUCAUGCUGUCCUGGGUGUCCUUCUGGAUUGACCGCAGGGCCGUCCCUGCCAGGGUGCCACUAGGCAUCACCACCGUGCUGACCAUGUCCACCAUCAUCACCGGGGUCAACGCCUCCAUGCCGCGGGUCUCCUACAUCAAGGCAGUGGACAUUUACCUCUGGGUCAGUUUUGUCUUUGUCUUCCUGUCGGUGAUAGAGUACGCGGCGGUCAACUACCUCUCCACCGUGCAGGAGAGGAAAGAGAGGAAGCUGAGGGAGAGACUGCCGUGUACAUGCGGCAUUGGCAACCCUGACGACAUGAUGAUCGACCCCCAGAUCACUGGCUACGGGUCCAUGGAUGUCAACACCACGGGGAAUUAUGGGAUGCCAGAGAACGGCGGCCGCCAGGAUCGAAUGUUGGCCCAGGUGUCACUGAAUGACCCGCAGAUGACAGGCCAGGUGAGGCCAUCCAGAGGCUACGUGAACAUUUGGAUAGACACCCACGCCAUAGACAAGUACUCCAGGGUCGUGUUUCCUGGAGCGUACAUCCUCUUUAACAUCAUCUACUGGUCCAUCUACUUGUAACCCAGGAUGCAGACUCAGAUCCUCUGUGAGAGUCGUCCAUGAUGAGGCUGGAGCAGGAAAAUAACAUUGAUGCUUUUCAGACAGAGAACUGCACUUAAGAUGCAUGGGGACCACUGACAGAUUGGUGACCAUUGCCUUCUCGACCCAGCGACUUAAAACUGAAGAGCUUAUGAAUGAGCUACUGACAAACGAGACAGUCGUCGUCGCUGGUUUUGUCACUCUAUGUGGUUUCAUGUUGUAACGGUAGUGCUGUUGGUGAGAAGACGUUUGGAUGUUGUUGACUUGCCGCACAGAGAGACGCACAGACAUGGACCCGUGUUAACUGUGCAGUUUAAAAUCUGAGACAUUUCAGAGAUUUCUGACAUUUCCUGCGUAUGGACAAUUUGCUUCUCCUUUGCAUAUGAACUAUGACUUGACAAUCAAUGGCAAACUAAAAAUAUUUUAAGGAGUAGUUCGGCUUAUUUGCUUUCUGGUGGAAAGUUAGAUGAGAAGAUUGAUACAACUCGAUGGGCCUCAUGCAAGAUGCAACAUAUGAACACUUUUUCUCUUAGUUGUGUUCGUAUCCACGAUUUCUUCUUAUUUUGUUAGUACCCAAAAAAUGUUCUCUUACCCUGGUAAGAGAAAAUGUUACGAGUGGUUGAGAAAAAAAUACCUUGUUUUCACAUGCAGUCCACAAAUUGUUUGCCCAACGCAAGUAAACAUAAGGUUUUAAUUUGUGGAACAUAAAAAUAUAUAUAUUAUUAUAUGUGUUUGAGUGAUUAUAAUGAUUGGAUUAUUAAAUUUGUGGGCUAAAGAAACACUAUUGGUCCAUUGAUCUCAAUUAAGACUAUAAAAACGCUUGGAUGAUAUCUAUCUAUCUAUCUAUCUAUCUAUCUAUCUAUCUAUAUAUCUGCAUCUCUCCGAUUCUUGGACAUGUGCCAGCGUAUUUCCACAUGGCACAAUGCCUGCCCUUAUAUAGUGUUUUGGCAGCGUUACCUAUAAUUAUAUUUAACAAAUUGGCCACACGCCUCCAAUUUAUUUAAUUUCAAAUGUGAGUCAUCAUUCAGCACACCUGAGUAAGAGCAGAUUUGGAUGGUUAAGAACAUUUGAUGCAUCUGGAGUUGACUCCUUAUAUUUUCUCUUAACAGAAAAUUAACAGAUAAUAUGAGAGAAUAUUGCUGCAUGAGGCCCAAUCUUCUUAUCUGAUUUUGCCUGAGAAAAUGAAUAAGCACCAUUUCCUCAAAUGUGGAACUAUUUCUUUAAAAACCUGCUAAUCUGAUUUUUUCUUUUGCAGCACGUUAGUAUGAUUCAGUAUGUGUGACAUUUUCUUGUGAUCUUUGUAUCAAUGCAAUUGUUUUGCUGUCAAGCUACUUACUGCGUUGCAUUUGUGAUUUGAUAAAGUUUAGUAAAAAGGCAAAAAUAAUGCAGUCUAUUUAAAUCACAAAUGUAAAAAUAUAUAUGUUUAGUAAAUCCCAAGCACUGAUUAUGGUAUUGACUUUUUUUUUUAAAUGUCCUUAUUUCUUCUUUUUUUUUAUACAACUGAAGCUCAUCUCCUCUGUUCGGUGUUGUGAGGCUUUGAGGUUCACUGUGACCCGUUAGUUGCUAGUUUUAUCGUCUUUUUCAGCUUAAAACAACUUUAUACUUUGUAAGGAAAAACAUAUAUUAAAACUAUCUUUUGGUGGUUUAUGACAAUGUAACAACCAAACAGAUAGAUAUUAAAUCAAACUCUGGAAAAAAUGUUAUAUAUGGGAAAAAAUGUUAAAUAAAUGUUUUGUUUUCUGAAAAUGUGUAAAUUAUUUUGAGCAGAGCUUAGGUGCUUAACAACAUAAUUACAAUACUGUAUAUUUUAAAUCUCCAUGUAAUACAUUUAGUACGUACAAAUAUAAAUGGAUUGAGAUGCA